AUGGAAGAAUAUGCCGAUGAUUUGAGUUCCAAUAAUACCGACGCACUAAUUUUAGCACUGCCUAGUAGCUGGGAAAUACAUAAAAGUGUUUUAGAGGAGUUGGAAGGUGCCGCCCGUGAAGGGGAUAUCAACAAGUUAUACGAAUUAAUUCGAAGGGAUCCAUAUUUGUUGGACCGCAUUGAUGCCAUACCAUUUGUUGACACGCCUAUGCAUAUAGCAGCUUCUUCUGAUAAUGCCUCGUUUACUAUGGAGAUGAUGAGGUUGAAACCUUCAUUUUCCUUAAAGCAAAACCAAGAUGGAUUCACUCCUAUGCACCUUGCAUUGAAGAAUUGGCGAACCAGGAUACUGCAUCGACUUAUAGAGACUGACUGUGAACUUGUUCGUGUGAAAGGAAAGGAGGGAAAAACUCUUUUGCACUGCGCAGUUGAAAGAGAAAAUCAAAGCAAAAGCCUUAAAAUUUUAGAUUAUAUUUUAUCGGCAUGCCCACAGUCCAUUGAAGAUGUGACAAUUUACAAGGAAACUGCUUUGCAUAUUGCUGUGAAAAGAGAAAAUUUUGAUGUUUUCGAAUGUCUGGUGAAAAGGAUUCUAAGAGCCAAACAUAAGAAUUCUGACAUUCAAGAAAAACAAAUUUUGAACGGAAAAAAUGGAGAAGGAAACACAGUACUACACAUUGCAGCUCUCAAAAAUGCUCCCAAGAUUGUGGAAGCGCUGAUUAAAUGUGGCGUUGAUGCAAAUGUCAAGAAUUCAAAAGGAGAUACAGCAUUAAAUAUAUCAGAAAGCCAAGACCCAUUGCUAGAGGGUAACAUACAAGUGAGACAUAUGCUACUUAAGGUGACAAAUGCUUCAUUAAGCUCCUCAGCUUCUACAAACCCAGAUGAUGAUGAAGAAUUAACCAGUCCAACAGCGUCACUGAAAAUAUCUAUAAAUCGCUACAAAGCAAACAUGUCAAACGACGUGAGGAAUAUCCUAUUGAUAGUUGCUGUCCUUAUUGCAAUGGCCACUUAUCACACCGCUGCAGUAGCAAGUGUUGGGCUUGGGCAGCACAACCAUGUGGCGGCCUCCGCUUCGAGCAUGGGUGGUGGAGGCAGCACUUUGUCCACCGACUUUUGGAUUUUUAAUAUUGGGGCUCUUUUGACUUCUUCGCUGGUGAUCUACUUCCUAUUUCCUAGGGGUUACAUUAGUAUCCUACUAUUGUUGUCACUCUGUCUCUACUCUUUGACUUGCUAUUCAUUAUCGCCGAUAUCGAUCGUAUUUCCAGGAAUUUCUGUCAUUGCUUCGAUUCUUUUUGUAAUAGUUAAAGCUAUUUGGAACUUAGUUGUGGAAUCUGCUACCGAAAGACUAAUUAGAAGCAUUUUCUCAUCAUGA